CAUUUUGAAAGUGAUUGGAUAUGGCAAAACGUCUGUGGGUUUCCGUUCCUUUACUAUGCGUGUUGCUGUUGCUAUCACCAGCUGAUUCCUUUGAUAAGGAAAUCAAUGUCGCUUUGCACAAACCAGUCAAGCAGUACACUAAGGAUCCUGGCGAAGGCGGAAUUUGGCCCGCGAGUAAUGCAGUCAACGGUGACAAAACAUGUAAUCUUGUGGACAGCGCUCAUUUCACCGUAUCCGGGUAUGGCAACCCUCCUUGGUGGCAGGUUGAUCUUGGAGCUGUUUACAACAUAACUAGGAUUAUAGUUUACGGACGAAAGGACAAUGUGACAAAUCAGUUGGAGGGAUUUAAAGUACAUUUAUCAACAUCUGUAAUCACAAAUAACGAGGGAGAUAUACUACCGCUUACAAAAACACAAUAUCCUACCAAAGGAGUAUUUAAUUUAUCAUUGACAACGUCAACUGGUGCCCGCUUCUGUCGUCUUACCCUUCCAAAAGCAAAUACAAUCAAACUCCCGACUUAUCCAAUUGUGUUAUGUGAAGUUGAAAUAUUUCAUCGAGUACAACUAAAUGACAUAAUACGUCGUAUUCCUGGAGGCAAUAAUUUGGCAGAAAUGGGUGAAGCUUUUAAAGAAGAUCCUUACGUAUAUGGCGCUGAAAAGGCAAUAACCAAUUUCCCUGGCGAAACCAAUCCACCAGUAUGUCAUUGCUGCAGUAUUACAAAAGAUCUGUGGUGGAGGAUGGACUUUGGAAAAAAAUAUCUGAUUCAGGCCAUUCAAAUUACAGGGCGGUCUGACCUCGGAAACAUUUGGCAAGGAACAUCAUUUAAUGUAUCUACUGGAAAUAGUAGUAAUUCACUCAGAUCGAAAUUCUUUGGGAAUCCAAACCAAGGAAGUUAUGAAUAUUUUAUUUUGGUUUACCCCCCUGAGAGUGUGCAGGUUUUGGAAAUAAAGAAAACGAACGGAACUUACAUGACCAUAUGUGAUGUCAAGGUGUUUGAUAAAGUUUGCAGGCGGGGUUACUUUGGCUAUGGAUGUCUUCAUGAAAACCAUUGUAAUGGUGACUACGAUAUGGUAACAGGACACUGUCCAGAAUGUCAAAUAGGAUGGCAAGGGGUUUCCUGUCAGCAGCCAUGUGUCGAUGGUCACUUUGGCUCAGGAUGCGGAGAGUCUUGUGGAAACUGUUUCGAUGACGAGCAUCAUUGUAACCACAUUGAUGGACGUUGCAUAAACGGCUGUGCCAAUGGAUUUAAGGGCUCUCUUUGCAAACAAAAUUGUUCGAUUGGCGAAUAUGGACGAGGGUGUAAAUCGCACUGUAAUAAUUGCAAUAAUAAGAUUUGCAAUGCUACAAACGGAAUUUGUCUAUAUGGAUGUAUGCCAGGGUAUAGCGGAAACAUGUGUAACACACCAUGUCCAUCCGGACAAUUCGGAGACAAAUGCAACAAUAAUUGCAGCAGCCAUUGUAUAAACAACUCUAUCUGUGACCAUAUUAGCGGCCACUGUUCAAACGGAUGCAAUGCUGGUUAUAACUUUUCUGAUAGGUUUUGUAACACAGAAUGUCUGGACGGAAUGUAUGGUCUCAGUUGUUCCAGUCCAUGUGGUAACUGUCGGAAUAGUCACACCUGCAACAAGGUGACGGGACACUGCUCCAGUGGAUGUGACAGAGGAUACAACGGGUCGACCUGUUCCAGGAGUUGUAUCAACGGCCAGUUUGGAUAUAAUUGUGAAUCACAGUGUCACUGCAUGACUUCGGCUGACACUUGUGAUAUAUUCUAUGGAAACUGUUCCAAUGGUUGUGGGUUUGGCUGGGGUGGCAACAACUGCAGUGAAGACUUGAAUAUAAUUAAACCUGGACUGACAGCGGUGACGGCGUCACAAUCAAGUACGUACCAAACGUGUUUUGCAAACAAAUCCAUUGAUGGAACUACCUUUCCCCAAUCCACGGAUUUAUGUUCUGCAUGCAGUGUUACGAACGGCUCGGAAGAGCCGUGGCUUCAACUAGACCUUGGACAAGAAAUGUUGGUCGACUCCGUCAGAGUUUUUGGACGUAAUUGGAUAACGGACGACGGACAGAGUAGCUUUCUUACCAUCUACGCCAACAAUGAAUCAUACCAGCACGAGAACAGUUGGAAUAAUUGGAGUCGUCUUGGGAUUAUCAAUCAAUCUAAUUCAUAUAAUGGAAUAAUUCUUAAUAUGGAAGCACCGAGGUUAUUCAGAUAUAUCGCUGUGAGGAAAAGGACACAUGCGAGUGCUGUUAUGGCGGUUUGUGAAGUAAAGCUGUACGCAAAAGUUUGUGACGAUGGUCACUUUGGUGAUAAGUGUUCUAAUGAGUGUCAUUGCAAGGACAGCAUGUGUAACGUUAUCACUGGCACAUGUUCAAGUCUUGGUUGCCUUGCUGGCUGGAAGGGGAUUGCUUGUAAUAUAGCCUGUGACCCCGGAGAGUAUGGUCCUGGAUGUAUAUCAUUUUGCGGUCAUUGUAGCGGUGGAAACAAAACGUGCAACAAAAAGGACGGUCACUGCCCGAACGAGUGUACCGCUGGAUACAAAGAAGACAAAUGUAACACCGUCUGUGCACUCGGAAAGUAUGGACGUGGAUGUGCGAACAGUUGCGGUCAGUGUAGUGAUGGGAACACAACGUGCAACGUACACAAUGGUGACUGUCCGAGCGGGUGUGCACCUGGAUACACGGGAGAUCUAUGUCAAUCCCAAUGCACCCGUCAAAGAUUUGGGAAGAACUGUUUGGAAGCGUGUCAUUGUGACAAAUGCCAUCACAUAAAUGGUUCCUGCUCAUACUUCUUUAAACAGUGUGAUUCGGGAUACCAAGGGGAUUCCUGCACUGAAAAACUUACAACAUCAAAAGCACCAAUCGGUGGCGUUGUCGGAGGUAUAAUGGCAGCCUUAGUAGCUGUUGCAGUUGCUGUCGGGGUUUUCUUUUUUAUCAGAAGAAAAAAGCUGAAUAGAGAAAAGCCUACCAAAGACCUCUCAAAUAAACCCCCGGCAAGAUCUGAUCGGGACAAACCUGUUGCAAUUGAAAUGAGGAAUAAUGCUUCCAACAAGCCUACGUAUUCGAAAAACGAAGAUGCAAACGAGGGCGAUUACUACAGUUUUAAUGACGGCGCUCCUGGAAUCAAAAUUCAUGAGUUGUGGAAUUACAUCAGAGAAAAAAUGAAGAAUGAUCGAAAAUACCUCUAUGAUGAGUUUGCGACGUUGCAAACUGGACUUGUCCAUAAACAUGAGGUCGCAGCUCAGGAAAAGUACAAAGGCAAAAACAGAUACAAGGAGAUGUAUGCAUACGACCAUUCACGUGUUCCACUAGAAAAAGAAAUGCCAGAUGAUCCAGACUAUAUCAAUGCUUGUUUCAUAAAUGGUUAUGAGAAAGUUAACAAAUUCAUCGCAUCGCAAGGUCCGACGAAGAACAUGAUUGAUGAUUUUUGGCGAAUGGUCUGGCAACAGAAUGCUGAAAAAAUUGUGAUGCUGACAAAUCUUAUAGAAAUGGCUGCGAUAAAGUGUAUACAAUACUGGCCAGAGAAAGGUGACAGUUGUACAUACGGCGGCAUUUGUCUGUCAUACAUCGACACGAACGAAUUCAAAGACUACAAUAUUAGAACAUGGGAAGCCGUGAAGACUGGCAGUAAACCACGCCGAAUACGCCAAUUCCAUUUUAAAACCUGGCCUGACAAGGACGUUCCAGACAGUGCUUGGUGCCUUGUCGACUUCUGGAAAGCUAUUGACACAAGAAAGUCAGCAAAUAAAUCACCGAUUGUUGUGCACUGCAGUGCUGGAGUUGGUCGAACGGGAACUUUCAUUGCCCUUGACAACCUGAUACAUCAGGCAAAGGCAGAGAAGUGCGUCAGACCUCUUCAAAUGGUACAGACACUGCGCAGGCAGAGGGUGAACAUGGUGCAGACGAAAGAACAGUACGUCUAUCUUCACGAGGUUGUUGCUGAGGCUUUGCUGAUCGGCACACACCAUGUUUUUUCCAAGCAGUUUAAUAGUUUCUAUAAGCACAUGGUGAAUAAAGAGCUCGGAUCGCCGUGGACGAGAGUUGAGGAACAGUUUGAGCUGAUUAAACACGGAAUCACAGAGGAGUUGGUACAGGAAGAGGGUCAUAGAUAUGGAAACAUGGAAUCCCUGCGACUGGAAAUGGAUGCGUAUCGCCCUAAGCUGAAAAAGAGAGGAUCCAACUUGAUCCAAAAACUUGGAACACUUUUCUUACCCAACUACGCGAACAAGAACACGUUCCUGGUAUGCAUGUCGCCGACAGAACAAAUGUGUGAAGAGUUCUGGUCCCUGAUUGAAGAACAACACAUCAUCACUGUCGUAAUGCUGACGUCACAGUCGCAUGACGCGUACAACACAUGCCAGUACCUUGGAAGCAAGGACCAACAACAAAUUGGUAACUUUAUUGUCAACUGUAUCCAAGAAAAGAAGAACAAAGCUUUCCAAGAAAAGUGUUUCUCAUUCAAGGAUGUAAACCACGAGAACGAGGAUUACCUGACAACAAUACGCCAGUUUGAGUUUUUGGCGUGGCGGGAAGGCGAGGACUCACCCACAUCAGUCCAGCCCAUGUUGGAUAUGUUGGAGGCAGUCAACAGGUGGCAGCCUCACCUUGCCGAUAAUAAACCCGUUCUCAUACAUUGCGAAUCCGGAUUUCAUCGCUCUGGGGUUGUAGCUGUACUUCUAAACGAAGUUCAUCGGAUUCAAGCAAACAAAGGUCAGAUCAAUAUCGUGGAGAGCGUGAAGACAAUGAAACAACGCAAUAAAGAUAUUGUACAGAGUCCGACCCAACUUCGGUACAUCUACGACGUUAUUCAAGAACAUGUAAAACAGAUAAAUGUAUAUCAGAAUAUGUAAGCCAGGACUAAAUGGUGAGAGUGAGUGAGAGAGAUUAGGACAGUACAUUGAGUUAUAUACUAGAAGAGACAAAUAUCUGUGCUUUUACUUUACUCCAGAUGUAGAACUUUCAUGAUAUUUUAUUCUGAAUGAUGUCAAAUGAAAUGAGAAAUAUAGCCCUCUGUACUUAAAUAAUAUUAGUGUGCUUAAUAAAUGUGAUUAACAACAUAUCAACAUUGUCCAAUUUUACCAAAACAAUAUUCAUGGACAUUGACAUUCGGUACAUUAGUAUUACUGUUGAUAUAUUAUCCACAUUGUUUGUAAUAGUAUUGGUAUGUGAUGCUUACAAAAUUGCCUUUAUAUUUAUAGUGUUGGUGUUGGACUAUUUUGUGUUCCUCUGAUCAUAAUAAAAACACAUUUCACAUUUUGUUUUAUGUAAUGGAUAUCAAAGUAGUUACAGCAGAAGCUAUAUAAGGUGAUGGCUUUCAGUCUUGAUACUUAAUUUAAAAUUACACAUGCAAAACAUUUAAGACAAUCUGUGUCUGACACAGAUUUGUAAGUCCACCUAUUUUUUUAUUACUUUUUACAUGUAGUUUCUGACACAUUAUGCAAUUAAAUCUUACCAUAUAACAGUAACCUGCAAAUAAAAUCGCUUUACAAGUUGCGAAUAAAUGUAACAAAUUUGUAUCUGUUCAAGAACGACAUUUUGAAAGAAACCUACACUCUAAGGAUAUGGUAGCAGUAUGUGUAUUUUUUACUGAUUUUGUGUUUACAUAAUUUGUUUUACAUUUAUAACAACACGUAUCGAUCUACGCAGAUAUCCAAAUAUUAAUAACUAUUAAAGAGGGUGUCUGACACGUCAAGGGUUAGAUAACGGAACAUUAAAUUGCAUGUGUAUUGUGAACAAACUACUUGUAGCAUUGUUAGGGCAUCAUCAGAGAGAUAUGCAAGAUACAUUAUGUCAAUGCAUAUUUGAAAGCAUGCUUGAAUAUUAUUGAGUAAAGAGAACGCGUAGUAACGCCUCUGAAAAUUGGUUGAUUUUACGAAUGAUUGUUUUAGUAAUUAUCUCUCAGUUAAUGUUUGGUGUUUGUUCAUGUUUAUACAUACAACAAAAAA